AUGGUGAACGUCAAAGACUACAACGCACCGAACCUCGCCUUGCCCACUAACUUGCGGGCGAUUCUACGCACCGGCGAUAUCCUCUAUGGAACAUGGUGCCAUAUCCCCCAUGAAGAAGCCGCCCGUAUUGUGGCUCUUCUGCCGCAUGAGUUCUGUUUCGAACACACCCCUCUGGGUCCCACCGAGCUCGUUUCCGUGACUCGGGCCAUUAACUUCUUCUCGGGUGGCUCAAUGGUUCCUAUUGUGCGCUGCACGACGCCGGAUAUGGUGAACCAUGCUUUGAAUGCCGGUGCGGGCGGUAUUAUCAUGCCUCAUAUCCAGAACAAAGAGCAGGCCGAGGCGCUGGUCCGUCUUGUCCGCUUUCCUCCCCGCGGCGACCGGAGUGUGCCUCCGUAUGCCAUCUUGGGACCACAGAAGGAGUUGCCUGAGGGGGUCACUGCUAUUGACAUAUGGAACGACCACGUCGCAGUUUUCGCACAGGUGGAAGACAUUCACGGAGUGGAGAAUGUCGAAGAGAUUGCCAGUGUUCCAGGACUUGACGCAAUCAUGGUCGGCGGAUUCGACCUGCAGUCCUCGCUCGGGCUCCAGCCCGACUCAGCCAACACCCACCACCCGCUCUUCCUAGAUGCCAUUGAGAAGAUCCAGCGCGCAGCAGAUGCCAACGGACUCACUGUAAUGGGCGGCGGCAUGCCACAUACCUUACAGGCUCGGAUCCGGCUGGGCUGGAGACUCUUCAUCUGCGGCACUGAUGCGGCGGGUAUUCUCGGCUUUGGGACGCAGGUACUGAACGAGUACAAGAAGAUCGCUGAGGGGGCGACGGGACCAGUCAAGAACGGCGUUAGCGUAAUGAAUGGGGUUGCAUGA